GGGUGGCGGUGUCUAAAAAUUCGGCACUUCUCUUGAUGGGAGAAUUUUCAUAAUUCACCUUUUCAGAUAAAUUUUGAAAUACUGCGUCAACAGGGCACAACCGUUGCCACCGGUUCGUUCAGGGUUCAAGUGACCGUUUUAACGAGCGAUUUCCUAGUCUAUAGCUUGUUUGUUAAAAGUCGAACCUCAUUUUAAUAUCAAAGAGAGAUUGAGAAUAUUUUCAAAAUGUGGGCAAGGAAAUCAGUUAUUGGUAAAUUUUUGAAGGCAAAUCCUUCCAGCAGCUCCUCAUUGUCAUUGGUUGUAUCUGGGUCGAGUGUUAAAACGUGUUGCUCGAGACAAUUCAACUCCACAGCUGCUAGGCAGAAUUUCCUUCAAUUGCAAAAUUCAAGAAAUGUGUCAUCUCUAUUUUCCAAAACUCAAAGGCACGACAGAGCAAUCGCAGGAUAUCUUAUCAUUUGUAGAAAUGAUUCCACAACAGCCACUACCACGACGAUACCACCAUUACAUUCAGAAGUUUUCAGUAAACAAAUUGAACAAAAUGUGUCCACUUUGUCAGCAUCUUCGACAAUAACUCCUGCAGCUUCUCCUGUAAUCGAAACUCAAGCAAGUACAGUUGCUGCAACAGAAACUAUAGGCGCAACAUCGUCAUCUGUAGCAGAGAAAUCCUUGACAUGGGAAAGCAUUCCCGAACCCCCUAGUAUCCCUAAUCCCAUCGAGGAAUUGACAACUUUGGUAUUAUCGUCUAAUGGUGAGCCUACAUUGGCAAGUUUAGGACUGGGAGGAUGGAGUCCAUCUGGAAUAGUUCAGCAGUGUCUAGAAUUUGCACAUGUUAGCAUCGGUUUGCCAUGGUGGAGUUCUAUUAUGCUUGGAGUCGUCUGUGUUCGUUUAUUAGUUUUCCCAUUGGUUGUCAAAAGCCAGAGGAACGCUGCUAAAAUGGCAAACAACAUGCCACAGAUGCAAGCCAUUCAACUAAAAAUGACAGAAGCACGGCAGACGGGGAAUGCUCUGAUGGCGGCCAAAUAUGGUCAAGAUAUGAUGGUUUUCAUGAAAGAAAAGGACAUUAGUCCGUUUAAAAACAUGUUAGUUCCUCUUGCUAUGGCUCCAAUAUUUAUUAGUUUUUUCUUUGGUCUUCGGAAAAUGGCCAACCUUCCUGUUGAAAGUAUGAAAGAGGGUGGACUAUUUUGGUUUGCCGAUUUGACAAUGGCAGAUCCCUACUUCAUUUUGCCUAUUCUCACCAGUAUAACAAUGUGGAUUACAUUGGAGGUUGGGGUCGAUGGCGUUCAAAUAAAUGCGUCACAACAUGGUCAAUUGAUGAAAUACUUCAUCAGAGCAGUGCCGAUUAUAAUGGUGCCAAUGACAAUGAACUUUCCAGCAGCAAUUCUUUGUUAUUGGGUGUCUACGAACGCAAUUUCUCUUUGCCAAGUUAGUCUCAUGAAACUUCCAGCCAUUCGCAAGAAAUUAAAUAUUGAGCCAGUAAGGAAGUUUAGCCCAGAUGCUUUGCCUAUGAAAAAGAAAAAGUUUAUGGAAAGCGUAAAAGAUUCGUGGACAAAUGUCAAGAUUACAAAAGAAAUGGAAGAUCGCCAACGAUAUGAUGAAAUGAGCUUUAGACGAGCAGGGAGAGGUCCUAUUCCCAAGACGUACAAGUACGACCCAACGAAAACUUCUUUACCAGCAAAUGCAAUUCAGGCGAAACCAAAACAUUGAUAAUCUUUUUGACCACCCUAUUAUAUGUAUCGAGUUGUAUUAGUAUUAAGUAAGGUUAGAUGCCACAAAUAAAUAUAUACUGUCCAAUUUUA